CACAAAAACCAUAGACGACGAACGAGUCCUCAGACGCAGAAGUCUUCUCUCUCUAUUUCGACGAAUUAAGCUUUUACGCACAAGAGGAGAGAUAUGGAUCAGAUACUGAACAAAGUUGGCUCUUACUGGUUAGGGCAAAAGGCUAACAAAGAGUUCAAUUCCGUCGGUGACGAUUUCAAUUCAUUGUCGACCAGUAUUGAAGGAGGUACCAAGUGGUUGGUCAACAAACUCAAAGGAAAAAUGCAGAAGCCAUUGCCUGAGUUGCUGAAGGAGUUUGGUCUACCGGUUGGGAUCUUUCCACAGGAUGCCACAAACUAUGAGUUCAAUGAAGAUACGGGUAAAUUGACUGUAUUCAUCCCUGAGACCUGCGAGGUUGGGUACAGGGAUUCAUCAGUCCUGCGGUUUUCAACUACGGUAACCGGUUACCUUGAGAAAGGGAAACUAGUUGAAGUGGAAGGUUUGAAAACAAAGGUGAUGAUCUGGGUGAAAGUGUCUUGUAUCUCAGCAGAUACAUCAAAGGUAUAUUUCACGGCCGGGAUGAAGAAAAGCAGGAGCAGAGAUGCUUAUGAGGUGAUACGGCCUGGUGUUGGUGUUGAUAAAUUCUAACUUAUGGAUCAAUUUAUGCUACAAUAAAUAAACAACUGCCUACGUAAUAUUUAUGUGUUGAAGAAUUUCAAAUUCGAAACGCAAGGCCUUUGUUUUGUAUCCUAGAAAAACAGGGCUCACAAUAAUCUGAUAGGAUCUUUUCUUGUGGUGUAAUAUCAAAAGAUUACUAGUCUGUAAACAAAA